CAACAAUCAGAGAAGCAUAACGUGUGGCGGAAGAGGGCGAAAACGCGAUGUGGGGUCCGCAGUUGUGCCGCAUCAAGGCAAAUUCGUGAUGUGACGUCGUCGCGGAAACGGCAAAACGUAAUCCAGCGUCUUUUAGCGACAAAUCAAGGAGCCAAUAGCAGUAAUCACUGAAAAAUAGUCGGCAAUACUGCACGGUGUCAACGUGCUUUUCAUGGUAAGAUCGCGUAGUAAACAGGCAGAGAUUAUGCUGCUGGUUUGCAAAUCUAGGACAACGUGAUCUCGAGGAACAAUAAAUCAGCUUUUUUUUAUCCAUGGUGUUUGCAAGUUGUAAAGAGAUGGAUGGUAUCGGGAACACAAUGCAGAAGAAGGCUGCGGAGCUCGAGCGCAUGGCCGAGGUUCUGGUCACCGGAGAGCAGCUGAGGCUGCGUCUCCAUGAAGGGAAGGUGGUUAAGGACCGCAGGCAUCACCUGAGGACGUAUCCCAACUGCUUUGUGGCCAAGGAGCUGAUCGACUGGCUGCUGGAGCACAAGGAGGCGUCAGACAGAGACACAGCCAUCAAGAUCAUGCAGAAACUCCUGGAUCAAAGCAUCAUCCAUCACGUUUGUGACGAGCACAAGGAGUUCAAAGACAUGAAGCUGUUCUAUCGCUUCAGGAAAGAUGACGGGACGUUUCCGCUGGACAACGAAGCCAAGGUCUUCAUGAGGGGACAACGGAUAUAUGAAAAGUAGGUUUUCUUUCAAGUGA